AUGGGCUAUUUCGACAACCUUCACAGUCCCAGAGUUCUGAACGAUGCUACAACUUCUCGAAACAACACGAAUAACUGCUCCUUCGACAGUUCUAGCAAAUACAAAUUACUUGCCUUGUUUCAAACAGUAAAACUGCAUGAUCUUGAUAUACAAAACUCAAGUUUUCGUAUUCAUACUGAGAUUCAGAUUUUGCCGAUACAAAGGAAAGUAAAGGAUGUUGUUCUUCACCUGGGAGAAUGUAAGUUUCUAUUGCUGGUCUUGAAGUUUAGAUUUAGUUGGAAAUGAGGACGGCAUUUAUGAAAAUUGUUAUAAGAGAAUUUACAAGUUGUUUUGGUCUUGAAAUUGUAAUUCUUAAAAGGAAUGAGGUGAUACGGCAGUUUAUUCAAGUAAACUACUGUAAAAGCAAAAUGAUACAGUUUUGUAUAUUAAUAGUAUCUUUAGAUUGCCUGUUGCCAAAUGAACAAGGCAAUGAGCGUCAAGGUACAAUAUCAAUUGACGGUAUUGAAUGUAGGUAUCGAAGAAAACGGCUAGAUUUUAAGUUGGACACUCAUAUCAGUUCUAUGAAUUUACUGGCGUUGAAGAAAGCUUCUAGCGAUGCUUUGAAGAAACAUGAGGGUGAAUUGUACAUUGAAAUACCUCCACAAUUGUUGUCCAAAAUUAACGAAAAGAGGGUUUUUAUACUUUCGAUUGAUUGUUUUGUCAAACAGCCGGCUUUUGUAAGUUUUAAAUUUUUGUCAAAUUUUUUUUGAAAAAAAAAUAUUAUAAUUCUCUAAAAUUAUUAGUUGUGAUUUUUAGGGUGUAUAUUUUUCUCAAGGAAGUAAACGAGGCGAUGGAACACACGUUUAUACAUAUAGGUCUGGGUUAUUAUCAAGUACUCGAGAUUGGGUGCCUUGCUUUGAUCAUCCUGAUCAUCUGACGUUGUGGAAGUUACAAUUUGACGUUCCAUUUAAUUUGACAGUAAUAUCAAGCGGAGACUUGGUGGUAAUUUUACUUUAAACAGAUUUUUUGACUUAUGUUACACUUGGAUAUACAGCCGGUGUAGUCAUUACCUAUAAACUUAAAGGUGGUCUAAUUUAAUUACACAUUGUUUUAGGAAAUAGAAGGAAUGUCAGAUGAAUCUCUAAAGUCGUACACAUUUAUGUUGGGUACUCCAGUGCCAGCUAUGAAUAUUGGAUGGGCUAUUGGAGACUUUGAGGAUACGGUUCAACCAGAAAUGCCAGAUGUAUGUUUAUUUUGGAAUUUUUUACUUUACUUUUUUAAUUAAAAACUGACAUCGGACCAGCUUCUACAAUUCUUUACAAUUAUUAUUGUACUUUUAGGUAAGCAGUUACUCUCCACCAGGUGUCCAGUCCCUUGUCCAACACACUCUGGCCACAUUACCGCGUGUCUUUACAUUCAUUGAAGAAACCUUGUCUUGUCGGUUUCCUUAUUCGUCGUACAAAAUGAUAUUUGUUGAUCAACCGCCAGAAGAACAUCAAUCUUAUGCUGGUUUGACAAUAUUCAACAUCAACUUGCUGUAUCACAAGAAGAUAUUGGAUACGGUGCAAUCAGUACGACAAGUAGUUGCUUUGGCAGUUUCUACUCAGUUCUUUGGCUGUUAUGUUAACACGAGGUGUCUAGACGACCUGUGGGUAGUGAAAAGUUUGGCAAUGUCAGUUUUUCUUUAAUAUAUUCAGGUUCUGUUUACAUAAUAAUGGUAUAUAAUUGUGUUUAAGAAGGUUAAUAACUCUUUAAGCUUUUUUUAGAUAUUUAUACAUUGUCAUAAAUAUAAAAAUUUAAAAAUCUUGUUUUAGGCACAUUACAGCGUUGUACGUUGAGAAAACGUUUGGGACGUCUGAAUAUAACUAUCUGGUCAAUAAGUUGAUGGAACAGAUUUGUGAAUACGAAGCUAGUUUUGGUCCCAUUGUGCUGAAACCCAAGUCUUCACACCAACAAAGCCAUCUUUACUUCGAUCCCAGCUAUUCUGAGACCUGUUCCCCCCACUAUGCUGAAGCCAGGUUUAAGAAAGGACAGUUUGUGAUGAGAUGCCUACAACUUAAGCUGGGGAAGGAACAUUUUUUGAAGGUAAGCUGGCGUUUCUUACUGGUAUACAGGUUGGAAUUUAUUUGUGUAAAAAAGGUUUUUUAACACGUUUUUAGGUAUUAUAACACAGUGUUUGACUUAAAGUUACUUUUUGUAUUAAAGUAAAGCAAAACCAUGAAUAGUGUUAUGAAUAAUACUAAAAACACUAUUUGAGGUGUUGAACAGAAUGCUCGUAGUAGCCAACCAAUUCAGUCAAAGUCUCGAGAAACCGGUCGAAUGGUCCCACAUGGUCGUAUCUUGUGAUUCCUUCUUUAAAACUGUGAUAUCCGUAACAGGCAGAGAGUUGUCCUACUUUAUGGAGCUGUUUGUGUACAAUGGUGGUCAUGCCAACUUUGAAGUCAAUUAUCAGCACAAUCGGAAGAGGAACAUAGUGGAACUGGAGCUGAAACAAGAUGUCAGAAGUAGUACUAAAGGUCGAAUUGAGUACGUCGGACCAUUGACCAUCUGUAUUCAGGUAAUUCUAGUUUUUUGUCUUGUCAAAGUGAUUUUCAAAGACACAAAAAAAAGUUUUUGUAUAAUGAAACGAAAUGUCAAUAUAGACUUUUGGCAUUUCGCAUAAAAACAGUUUUUUGUAGGAAUUGGAUGGUUGCUUCACUCACACGGUCCAAAUCGAUGCCAAUACAUCUAAACAUGACUUGCAAUGUCAUUCUAAAGGUCGGAGGCAGAAAAGGAAGAAAGUUCCGUUAUCGACCGGUGAAGAAUUGGAUAUUGACUUGAGUGCAUUGGACGCGGAUUCUCCAGUCAUGUGGAUUCGAAUUGAUCCUUAUAUGGAGGUUCCAAGAACGCUUAAGGUAGGUAUUGUUGGUUAGAUUGUGUAAAAUAUUAUACAAUGGUUUUUUUGUUUUCAUGGUUUUUUAAACAUAAGAUUACGAUUUUUGUAGUGAUUAAACUAUAAUUUACGUUGUUUUUCCAAAUUAUGUUAUUCAUUACACUUUAGAUAGCCCAACCUCAAAAUCAAUGGGAGUACAUGUUAAGAUACGAACGUUGUGUGAUAGCACAGACAAUGGCCAUCGAAGCGCUACAACACUUUCCUCUACAGAACACUCACAACGUUCUGGUCGAAGCCAUUAACAACCAGAACUUCUUUCACAGAGUCAGAUCGAGAGCUGCGAUGUGUUUGACAGAAGUGUCUAACAAGCUACCUGAUGGACUGAUUAGUGGAAAGCCAGCCUUGAUCGACUUUUUUGAGAAAAACUUUGGAUGUUCGGCUAAUCCCUCUAUUCCAGCUUUACACAACUUCGUCGCCACUUCGAACAAUCUACAAAAGUACAUUCUGAUGUCGGUGAGUGUAUUGUAAUUGGCAAUUUUGUUUUUGGACAUGUGUUAGACAAUUAUUGGUCAUUUUUACACUUAUUUUGAAAAAGUUUAAAAUUCAAUGAAAAAUUCCUAAUUUCAAAAAUCAAUUUCAGUCACUACCCCCAGCCAUUGGCCGAAUGAGAAGAGAGCAAAAACAUUGUCCAAAAGAGAUUACCCACUUCUUGUUAGGACUACUACAAUUCAAUGACAACUCUAUGAACAGAUAUUCUGAUGACCAUUACCGUGCAGCGUUGAUCGGUGGAAUCACGGCUUCGAUUACUCAAGCUGAUCGGACUCUGGUCGAUACUGGAAAGCCAGAAUCUAUGAGUGAAGGUAUUGAUGAAAUCGUGAUGGAAAUCACCAGAGCCUUGAAUAUGGAUCAGCUGGAGCCAAGCUAUCACAAAGUUGUUAGCCAAGCGUGUUUGAGGUGUUUGUUGGCUGUAAGUUUGUUUCGAAUUUUUAUUUGGUUGUAAAACCUUGUUGUAUGUUGGUAUAUUAUUAUGGAUAUAUCAUAUGUACUUACUUUUUUAGUUACAACGCUUCAAUCAUCUUCCACUUGAUGCCACAAUCUUUUGGAUGUUUGCUGAAGAAAAGUUGGUGUUUAAUGGAGUAAGGUAUUUGCGUUAGUUAUUUUUAAAAUAUCUUUCUAAUGCAAGUUGACUAUAUGUAUCACAAAGUACGACAAUAGUUAUAAUUUAUUACCUUGAUAUUUUAGCUUCGAAAAACGGCUUUGAAUUGUCUGUGCAGUAUGAUACGAAGAACCCACAACACAGCGUUGAUGAGCACUAUAAACAGGUUAUUCGAAAUGGUGGUGAGCGACGAAAGCCCUUUUAUCAGACAUUCCUUGGCUACUUCAAUAUUGUUGAAGACUCCAUUCGCUUAUUCGGCGGAGUAAGUUGCACUUUUUUAAAUUUCACUUUUUAGUUGUUAUGCAUACUUAUAACUUUAAUUGCGUAUUUUUAAGUAUACUUUAUAUAUAUAUAUAUUUAUUGUUUUAGUGUCAUCAACAACUUGGGUUACUUCUCGAAUACCAAAGAGAUGGCUGAAAAGUUGUGGAGAAUGGCUACGGACUUGAGAUUGGUAAGUUUUUACAAAUAUUGAAUUGGUAAUUUGAAGAAGAUAAAUCUAAGUUUUUUCUUUUCAGGAACCAAAAAUCCGGGUUCAAUUGGUGGACAUUUACUACAUGAUGUACUUGACCUGCACACCCCUUGUCUUGAGACCAAGACAUGAAAUUGAUGAUUUACAAAGACGGCAAAAUGAAGAGAUUAGGAUGGGUACUGUAACAAGUCUGAACUAG